AAUCACUUCCGGGUCGCGUGAUUCUGAGUCACCGGCAGGUCAACAAAAUAUCUCAGAACUGUGUUUUAGAACGCUGUAAGUUUGUGCGCGUUUAGGGGGGUUAAAACCUCCUCAGUUUGUGUGUGUAACGUUUGCUGGAGGGUCGGAGAGAUAGGAAGGGUAAAGAUGCCGCUUUUUAAGAGAGAAACGCCGGAGGAAGUGGCGAAGAAACAACAGAGAGAACUGCGAAGAACGCAGCGAGGCCUUGAGCGUGAUCGAACGUCGUUGGAACGGGAAGAGAAGAAAUUGGAAAUGGAAAUUAAGAAGGCGGCGAAGCAGGGAAACAAGCAGGCGGCAACGGUCCUGGCUAAACAGCUGGUGGCCCUCAGGAAACAGAAGACGAGAUCGUACGCGGCGAGUUCGCAGGUCCAGGCGGUCGGCAUCCAGGCCAAAACCAUGCAGUCCACCGUGAAGAUGGCGGGCGCCAUGGAGCGCACCAGUAAGACCAUGGGCGCCGUCAACAAGCAGAUGAACCCGCAGAAAAUGGCCAAAACCAUGCAGGAUUUCCAGCGGGAGAACGCGAAGAUGGAGAUGACGGAUGAGAUGAUCAGCGACACGCUGGACGACAUUUUCGACGAAUCAGGAGACGAGGAGGAGCAGGACGCCAUCGUUACCCAGGUGUUGGAUGAGAUCGGGAUCGAGAUGUCUGGGAAGCUAGCGGAGGCUCCGGCCGCCGGGCGCGGGAAAAUCGGAGCGGCUUCGAACCUUCCAACGGACGAUGAGAUCGAGAGACAACUGGCGCAGCUACGUACCACAUAACCAAUCACAGGAAACCUUACAGAUACAGCCACCAAUCACAUCCAGCCUUACAGAAACAGCCACCAAUCACAGAUGUCCUUACAUAGGACACUUGGUACCACAUAGUCACAUCAACCAAUCACAGGCAACCUUACAGAAAUACCCACCAAUCACAGAUGUCC